UUAAAAUUUCUGACGAUUAGUUUUUGCUCAAAACCUUCUACAGCUCUAGGGUUCAUUAGGUAAGCCAGGGAAGCAACACGAGGAAACCCCUUCAAUAAACCUCAAAAACUAAAAAGCUUGUGCCUGUCGCGGUAGGGCUUAAGGCCGCAGAACUCAUCGUCUUGCUAUUUUGAGAGGACGACCUGAAAUUUUCUAUUCGACAGCAUUCGGGCAUUAGUUAUGCCUCGGCCGGAGCGGCAAACGGAUUACAGCCGCUUCUCUCCGGCGAUCCCCAUCAUCAUCGACAAUGGCGGCUUCAAUUUCCGCAUUGGAUGGGCAGGAGAAUCAGAUCCCCGUAUCACCUUCCGCAAUCUCAUUUAUCGGCCUCGCCACAAGGCAACCGGAGAAACAGUGACCAUUGUUGGUGAUCAUGAUCCUGUACUUUUGAAAUACUUUGAUUGCACACGCUCUUCUUAUCGCUCAGCCUUUGAUAGCAAUGUUGUAUACCAAUUUGAAAUAAUGGAAUAUGUCCUUGACUAUGGUUUCGAGCGGUUGGGGGUUGAAGGUUCGCAGGUGGAUCAUCCCGUGCUUAUGACAGAGUGCAUUUGCAAUCCAAUUUCUUCAAGGAGUAAAAUGGCUGAGCUUCUUUUUGAAACUUAUGGGGUGCCAUCUAUUGCUUUUGGUGUAGAUGCGGCAUUUGGUUACAAGUUUAACCAGCAACAUGGAAUUUGCUGGGAAGAUGGCCUUGCUAUUUAUUCAGGAUUCGCUACAAGCCAUAUUAUUCCAUUUGUAGGAGGGGAGCCUGUUUCGGAGGCUUGCUGUCGGACAAAUGUUGGUGGAUAUCAUAUUACCGAUUAUUUGAAGCAAAUUCUUUCCUUGAGUUAUCCCUAUCACAUGUCAAGCAUAACAUGGGAAAAGGCUGAGGAGCUGAAGCUGGAGCACUGCUAUGUUGCUUAUGAUUAUGCUGCGGAAUUGCAAUUAUUUCAGAAAGGGACAAAAGAAGCUGAAGAGAAAACGAGGUGUUGGCAGCUUCCAUGGAUUCCCCCUUCUCAGGAGGAUGCUCCAUCAGAAGAAGAACUUGCGAGAAAGGCAGCUUUGAAGGAAAAACAAGGUCAAAGACUGCGAGAUAUAGCUGCUGCAAAGAAGUCUACUAGAAUAUUUGAGCUUGAACAUGAAUUGCAUGGGCUGGAAGAUUUAAUGCAACAGCUUGAAGAGGUGGAGGAAGAAGAGAUGUAUUCUGUUCUGUCUGCCACUGUUUUCAGUUCCAAACAAGAAAUUGAAUCUGCUGUAAAUAGGGUAACACAAUCCCUUCGGAAAGCUAGGGGUGAGCCAAGUGAGAUUGAGGAGAAGGCAGAUGCUUCAUUGUCUGAGAAAUAUCCUCUAAUCAGUAUUCCUGACAACAUGUUAACCCCUGAGCAGCUAAAAGAAAAGAAAAAACAGAUAUUUCUGAAGACCACAUCUGAGGGCAGGUUGCGUGCCAAGCAGAAAAAAUUUAAUGAAGAAUUGCUUCGUGAGAAACAAAAUCAACAAGAUGAAGAAAAACGCCUAGAGAAUCCAGAACUCUAUCUUGAACAAACACGUGUAAAAUAUAGAGAGCUCUGUGAGAGAGUUGAACAACGGAAACGUCUGAAGGCAAAUGGAAACGGUAAUUCAUCAGGUGGUGUUGGCCGGGGUGAGCGCUUGAAUUCUGCACAGAAAGAGAGAAUGCGACUCUUGACAACUGCAGCAUUUGAUCGAGGAAAGGGUGAGGACACUUUUGGAGCUAGAGAUGAAGAUUGGCAGCUUUACAAACUGAUGAGCAGGGAUAAUGAUGAUGAUGAUGACAGUCUUGAGGAGGAUGAGACAGAACUAGCUCGUGUAACCAACAGGCUCCAGGAAAUUGACCCAGAAUUUAUUGCAAAAUCAGACUUGGCAACACUCGAGCUUCCCCGGCUCCGGCCGCUAACUGCUGAGGAUUUCAAGAUCAACCUUGGCGUCGAGCGCUUUCGUUGUCCCGAAAUACUAUUUCAACCCAGCAUGGUUGGAGUAGAUCAAGCCGGCCUUGAUGAGAUGACCGGCGUUUCUCUCAGGAGGCUCUCCUCAAAGGACGAAGAGCUCAAGAACAGAAUGUGCAGUUCCAUUGUUGUACUUGGCGGCAGCUCGCUCUUCCCCGGUCUUGAGUCUCGAUUGGAAGCAGGGAUUCGGAAGAUCCGGCCUUAUCUUUCGCCUCUUAAGGUUGUGAGGUCUUUGAAUCCAGUUUUGGAUGCCUGGAGAGGUGCAGCUGCUUAUGCUGCUUCGGUGCAGUUCUCUACUCAGACUUUCAGUAUUCAGGACUAUUAUGAGAAAGGUGAAUCUGGUCUUAAGCAGCACCAGAUCAAGUAUAGCUUAUGAUUAGUAUUUUGUUUAAGAAUAUGUAUUGUGGCUCUAUUACUCUGCUGUUUUAGUGCUAAAUUGUAUGCGUUUUAUUGGCUAAGUUUGAACAUUUGAGUUUGCUGAUGAAUUGAUUCUUUUUUCUUUCAGUUUAAUCUUUAAGCUACAGUGAGGUAGCCUGGGUUUUGCCUUCCCCUACUUAUUAUUGGGGAAAACUGUCGGUGUAAUAUGCAAACUUUGACUGUUUACGGAACUAACCCAAGCAAAAUUACAAUGAA